AUGCUUCGUGUUCGGCACCUUUCCGGACGUGAGCUCGUGACAGCUACUGAAGAGGAGGUUGCUGCUUUGGCCGAUGCACACGGCAGUGUCAUCAAAGGCAUUGAGCAGCUCGUGUCCCUUCCGGUCGGGCAGCCGUGCUUUCGACUGAAGCUCCUUUGCGGAGACACCGUGCUUAGUCAAGACACCAACUUGAAGCUGCCGCUCGAGUUGCAGGUAACCGUUUGUGACUUCGUCGAGGUUGAUGCAGGCGACGUUGACAGGCUGUCAAACGCAAGUCAAGAAAACGAUGCUGCGUCAGUUGAGGCUUUGCUUCGGCGCCCUCAAAACCCAGACUUGGUGGAUUCGCGUGGUCGGACAGCGCUGAUGGCGGCCGCCGAAAGUGGGGCGCUGGAGAGCGUGCAGCUGCUCACAUCCGCGUGUGUUGACCUUGACAAGACCCGUGAAGGGAGUUGUGACACAGCUGUAUCUGCUGCAGCGCUGAAUGGUCACCUCGAUGUAGUGCGGUUCCUAGUUGAGAAGGGUGCAGACAAGGACAAGGCAGCGACAGACGGUGUAACACCUGUUUUGGUUGCAGCAUACAGUGGUCACGUCCACGUCGUGCGCUUCCUGAUCGAGAUGGGUGCCGACAAGGACAAAGCAAACAGUAAUGGCGCAACGCCUGUUUUCAUCGCAAGUCAGAACGGUCACAUUGAUGUGUUGCGUCUGCUGAUUGAGACGGGUGCCGACAUGGACAAAGCAAAGACCGCUGGUGCGACGCCUGUCUACAUCGCAUGUGAGAGAGGUCACACUGAUGUGGUGUGCUUGCUGGUUGAGAAGCGUGCCGACAAGGACGCGGCAAGGAACGACGGUGCGACACCUCUCUUCGUCGCAAGUGCACAUGCUCACCUUGAUGUGGUGCGUGUGCUGCUUGAGAACGGUGCCAACAAGGACAAGGCAAUGCACAAUGGUGCGACCCCUCUCUACAUUGCAAGUCAGAAUGGUCACCUUGACGUGGUGCGCCUUCUGAUAGAGACUGGUGCCGACAAAGACAGGGCAAGGAACGAUGGUGCGACGCCUAUCUACAUCGCAAGUGAGAAAGGUCACAGUGAUGUAGUGCGCUUGCUUAUUGAGAAGGGUGCAGUGGCAACAAGGACAAAGCCAUGUACCCUUUCAUGA